ACUGUAAUAAUUUUCCCUGACCUUAGUGUUUCAUAGUCUGUGUGUUUAUGCUUUAACAUGUUAAGUUGUCAUUUCCUUUCCCGCUUUCUUUCAUGAGCUUUGUUCACAAAACACAUCUCCUUUAAGGAAACCAAAGCAGUGCUUUUUCUGAGAUUUUGGUCUCAGAUGUUGGCCUCAGCAUGCAGUGGCGCAGAAGGUGCUCCCUUGCAACAGGAAUUCUGAAAGUGUAGAUGCCAAAGCUGUAGGCUUCCCUAAUGUAUGGUUUUGUAUCUUAACAGCUCCUCUCUGCUUGCCUUUUGUGGCAUUGAGGUGCAUGCCCUGCACACUUUUCUUGUCACUCCUUGGACAAUUUGAGCUGUUCUUCAUCUCAGCACUUGGUGGAGGGAGGGUUGUAGAAGGUGGUAUCCCUCUCAGAGCCCUCGGGACCCUGCUCAUUAGGGGAUAGUGUCUGAUGAAUAAAGAAGAGCCAGGGUUGUCCUGAUGCUCCCCAGGGCUGGAGAAAGGCAGAUACAGCACUAUCUAUGCUCUCCCUGUUUCUGUCCAUUUUUUUCUUCUCUUUUCCUAUCACUCUGAAUUCGGAUUGAUAAAAAUGAACAUUUUAAAAAUAAAAGACCUUCACACCCACCUUUUCUGUAUAUUGGUAUUUCAGCUCCCAUUAGUCUUUAUCAGUGGAGGAGUUGUUGCAGCACAGCUUGUACUUGUUACUGAAACUCAGCUCUUUCCUACAAGUCUGCAAAGAUUUACUGCAACCUCCAGUCCUACAUUAAUAACCUGCUUUGUAGGUCAUAUAACCAGAAGGUCUGUUUAAGCUCACCAGCUCCACACCUGUCUGCUGGGCUCUAAUUAGCGUUUACUAUGUGCACUUGGGCUGUUUCCCUCAUGGGCUCAAAUGCCAUGUGAUAUCGAUUGCCCUUGCCCAUUGUACAAAUGAGGUUGCCAUGGGCAAAGCCCAGGGGCUUGCAACCCAGCAGAGGUGGCUGUGAACAAAAGAGAAGCUGCCUGCGCAUCAAGAGGCUGCCGCAAAGGGACGCGCUGCUCAGCAAGUGUUCUGUGUGAAAGAAGAUGUGCUGAGAGGAAUUGCUGAACAGGUUUCUGGAUACCAGUGUGUAAGGUGCCAUGAUUUCCAUCCCUGCUGCGGACGGGGGAAAGAGCUCUGCUCAGCCCAGUUCUCCUGCCUGCAGUGCCCUGAGGCUUCAAACCAGGGUGUGGCAGUUUAGCUGAAUAAGUCCAAGAUGUGUUUGUUGGAAUAGAGAUGCCAUGGUUCAUGCCUAGAGAGAGAGGAUUUCAAAGCAAUUUGUUUUGUUAACAUGUGAGGGAUGAUUGGACUGCUCCCUGUCAGGUGCACUGACAAAGGAGUUUUGGGGUGCUGUGGAUAUGGAUAGAUGAGAGUGGGUUUGACCUUGUAGCAAGGUUUAUCCCAUGGCUGCCUCAAGGAAUGUUGUGACAGCUGUCACCAAGUUCAUUUCCAGAGUAGAUGUGAGCACAUAGACACUGCCCCUUCUCCUGUAACAUAAUGCGUCAUUACAGGGUGUGUAGGUGACAUAAGAGCAUGGCCAUGUGGGUGAUGCUGCUGGAGGUGAAGUGGGUCUGACACUAAUUAGGCUCAGGAGGGAAGGUACUCUGUUCCCUGGUUAUGGCUGCAAUUUUUUUCUUCCUUUUAAAAAGCAGGAAAUAAAACUUUGACUUGCUGUUUUUAAGGCUAAGCACACAGGCUUUUGAGUUUCUCUUUGUUUGAAUCUGUCUCAUCAGCUUCAGUAUUACUGAGUCAAAAGAAAAAAGAGUGUAGGUGCUCAGAGAGGGAGACUGGACAUUAGAUGCUCCUGAGUGGUCUUAGUCUGACCAGCUGACAAUCUUGGCUCUACUUUUGCCACUUCUGGUGAUAGAAUGAGGAUCACGCUUCUCAGUGCUGCAAAUGCUGUUUUCCUAGAGAAGUGGCCAUUUUGAGACACCCAGGAUUCUAACUUUUUCCCUAGACCGGAGUUCGUAUCUCAUUUCUGGGCCCUUAAUUAAAGGGGACAGACCCAACACUGUAUUGGGGAAAGUCUUUUGAAGAGCUGCUGCCACCGCUAUUUUAUGGUAACGCCUCUAGCUGACUGCUGUGCCAGCUCUGUUAGAGGAUGCACACAUGUUUAGGAAGAGACAAUUCCCUCCCUUAAAGGGUUUAUUGCCUUAAAAGAAAACACGGAGAAAGGUGAACAAGCAGCAUUUCUGCCAUGCUUGCUUUGCAGACAGAGGCUGGGGCAGACUAAGUCUUACCUGAAGCCUGCAACACGGCUGAGGCAGAAUUUUUCUUGUGUCUGCUAAGGUCAAAAGCAGUGCAGGAGUCUGAAGGCAGUCCUCUGCCUCUUGUUUGUAGCAAAAGCGAGAAGUCUUUCAGGAGAAUUCUCCUGUUUCACGCAGGAGAUGGGAGAUUUGGAGACCCAUUUGCUGCAAUCAGCUCAUUUUCUGCCAUUCUGCAAUAUAUAUAGGGUUGUUAUUUUCUUACGUAUGUGAUUACUCAGCCUUGGAGAAGCUGAGAGAACGGUGUGGUUUAAGGUGACUCAUUGUAAGGUGGAAUCCUUUACUCCUACAGUGCUGGUAACAACAGGGUGGCUUGGCAGUGACUAGAAGAUAGUUCCCUUUGGCUUUGCUGCUGCUUUUACCAAGUGAUGUGACAGUCACCUCCCCAAAUCGCAACAGGGUGUGUGUGCUGCCUGUGCUAGUUGGAGAAGGAUUGUUAACUCCUGCAGAUGGUUUUCUGUGGGUUUUUUCUCCUGUAGUAGCUGAAUUAUUGUCCAUUUUUACAGCUAAUUAUCCUUCCCUACUUAUCUGUUGGCUUACAGGUUGGGUACACUGGCUUGGUACACUCGCUGCUUACUGUCUGAAUUCCUUUUCUCAUAAUACUCAUGGGGACACUUUCCAUACAAAUCAUUGUAAAGACAGGUAGAGCUGCUGCUCCUCAUGGUUAACAGAAAACCUCAGGUGUGCCCUUGUACUUCUGCACAAAAUUUCCUUCUCUUUUUGUGUGCAUGGGGGUUUAUAAAUACAGCCAGAAGCAACCUUGUUGUGGAAGACAUCCAAACUCAACAUGGACAUUAUGAAAAUAUUAUUAUUUUUACACUUGAAAGUAUCUUCUGAGUGAGCAUAACUACAGCAAAGAUAAAUUUCUGUUCUGCAUUGCCUAUUGCACAAUUAUCCACAGCAGAGGGGAUAGGCAUAAAAUAUUUGUAAUGGGGGUGCUGGAGAAUUGCUGUUUGGCAGCUUUUAGUGGAGACUGCAGUGAAUGUGGCCAUGCCACACUGGAGAGGGCCAGGCUGAAGGAAUAAUUUCUCAUCUUUUCCUAAUCUUGCCUGAAUACGAUGCAUUCUGCAGGGCUGGUAUGGACUUAACACUGAUCUGAGAGGGGCUUCAAACUCACACUGCCCAGCUGAGCAAUUUGCCAUGCAGAGAUGUCAUCAAAUCCUGCAGCAAGGCCAGUGAAUGAAUCAUCAGCAGAGCAAGCCCUGCCUCUGCAUUCUUCCACUUGUCAUGCUGUUCCUCAGCUUCGCUCACUUUCAGACGUCGGAAGUGAUGGCAGUUGGGAAACGUGGUGUUUUCUCUCAGGCUCCUGAUGCUGCAGGGGAACCCACCAGCAGCUGUACCAGGCCCACCGACGAGCAGCACAUCAAGUAGACUCUCAUCUGCAAAGAACCCAUCGCUCCCCCCCACCAUGGCAAUGCAAGAUGAUUUCACAGCAGCUAAAUACCACACCUCAAUUGCUGUCUACUGUAGGAGCGUUCCCCAAUUCAAACCCAGACACAAGGCUCUGCGAGGCGGAAGCAUUGAUUCAAACUUGCAGUUUCGUGGCAGCAGUUGGACCACUGAAGAAGGAGCUUCUUUUCAGUCCAUAUUAACAAUCAAGAUGAAGAAGCAGCUGAGGUUCUUGAAUGAGGAUGGGGAUGGUGAUGGGAGGAAACCAAAUGCCAUCCCUCCCCUGGAUGACUGGGCCAGUGAGGCUGAUGUGCAAGACUUCAGCACUGGGCAAGGAGGUGACCACCCCCACCUUUCUCACCAAGCCUUGACCCAGGACCCCCAAGAGAGGGAGGCAAGCAGCGCUGACUCGGGUACCAUCCAGAUCAAAGACAAGCUGAAGACGAAGAGGAUGUCUGAGGGCCUGUCAGCCUCAUACAGAGAGGUCCAGACUUUGGAACCCAUUUUGCCUGCUCUCCAGCAUCGCGUUGCUCAUGAUGUGAAGUCUGCCAGACGUUUGCGUGAACCUGUGGCCCCAUUGCCAAGCCUCCCAACCAGACAGGCCAAGGAGACAAGCCAUCGUGUGAGGCCUCGCCUUCUGAGUGUCGAUGACUUCAAGAUCAGCAAUGAAAAGAUCCGCGUUGUCUUGUGCAAGUCAGCUCAGGAGAAAAUAGACCAACAGCAAAUGAGAGAGAGGAAGAUUGUGCUUAGGGAGAGGGAGAAAGAGACAGAAAAGUCCUUGUGGCUCCCUGCACUGAACGUUGACCCCAGGGAUGAAGCCAACAAAAGCUUUGGCCCACCGCCUGUCAGUGGGACAGUUCCCAGCAUGAGCAAUACAUGCAAAGAGAGCGCUGGUACUGCCUUGAGGAAGCGGUUCAACAGGCCCUCACUUCCCAGCGUCCCUGUCAUCAACAAGGACAGCAGAGUCCCACGCAAGUCCUCAGUGAACUCACUGCCGCCCAUUGCUCUGGACUCCUCCAAGGCGGGAGAUGAGCCAGAGUGCAGGGACGCCCAGGAAGCCAAACCCGACCCUAACCCACAGCAGGCGCUGCUCAACGCGCUCACAUGGCUCAGCAGCGAUGACUGGGAGGAGAAAGUGAAGGGACUCAUCAGCAUCAGAUGCCUGGCUAUCUCCCACUCAGAAGUCCUUCUUUCUAGACUUCAUGAUGUUUCCUUGGUAGUUAUCAAAGAGGUGAACAAUCUCCGCUCAAAGGUGUGUUGCUGUGCAAUCAACACUCUUGGAGUGCUCUUCGGGACCAUGAAGAAGGACAUGGACCACGAAGUGGAUGAGAUUGCUCGGGUCUUGCUGUGGAAGAUGGGGGACUCCAGCGACUUCAUUCAGACAGCAGCCAAUCAGUCCCUGGGGCUCAUGGUGGGGAGUGUGACUCCUGCACGAGCAAUGGCUGCUCUCAUGGCCAGUGGAGUCCAACACCGCAAUGUCCUGGUGCGCAAGACUGCGGCCGAACACCUACUGACUGCGAUGGAGCGAAUUGGAGCCAAGAAGCUCCUCUCAGGCAUACCUACCAGUACUGAGGUGCUGGUGUGCAUGCUGGUGAAUCUUGCUCUGGACUGUCAUCAGAACACAAGAUGUUAUGGACGGAAGAUGCUGAAUUUAUUGAUGAAUCAUCCAAAAUUUGAUAGUUAUUUGAAAAAGUCUGUCCCCUCACGUGACUUGGAAGCUGUUAUGGCAAUGAUUAAACAGAAAGGGACAGAAGGCCAUCAAUGUGAACCUCCAUCUGCCAAGGAGCACAAGAAGUCUAAGAAGAAUGGCUUGAUGAUGCCCCAGGACAACUUGCCUUCUAAUGGAGGGUCUGUCUCUGAUGUACCCAUGCCACCCUCUCAGACAGCCCGUCAGAAGGCCCGUCAGACAGUCCGUCAGACAGCCCGUCGCCCAUCACAGGAAGAGACUGAACAGCGCCAGGAGCUUUGCAAGCUCCUGACAGCUGAGGACUUUCAGACAAGAAUGGAGGGAGUGAUGCUCCUCCUAGAUCACUGCAAAAACAACCCCCAGCUAAUCUCCACUAACAUUUCCCAGAUUUUUGACGUUUUUGUCCUGAGACUUCAGGAUUGCAACAAGAAAGUGAACCAGCGGGCACUGGAGGCACUGGCUUCAAUGACAGCCAUACUCGGAGAUGCCUUGUACCCAGUCCUGACCUCUCUGGUAGUAGCAGUCACUGAGAACCUGAACUCAAAGCACUUGGGGAUUUAUGCUGCAGCUGUGAAUGUGCUGAAAGCAUGCAUAGAUCACCUAGAUAACACAUUGCUGCUGCAAAUCUUGGCCAGCCGAGUGCAUUACCUCAGCGGCAAAGCUCUGCUGGAUGUCAUAGAAUGUCUCUCAGUGCUUGUGGCCACUGUUUAUCCCCGGAAACCUCAAACCGUCCACCGCCAUGUCCUGCCCGCGCUCUGGUUCUUUUUGGGAAACAAGGCCCUGCCUGUCCGAAGCGGCGGUGUCAGGGCUGUGCUCACCAAGCUUGCAAAGAGCCUUGACGAAGUGAUGGGCCCCGGCCUGAAGGAGUACGCCACCAGCCAGCCUCAGCAUGUGACAAGAAGCCUCUGGGACCUCUUGAACCUUGUGAAGGCUUGAUGUGCUCCAGGAAACAGACGCAGGGGUGUGGAGUGAGCGGGACAGCUGGAGGCAAAGGUGGAUGUGGUGGUGGCAUUCGUUUUAUUCUGUGUGCUUGAAGAAGAGGAUUUACCCAAUAGAGUUUAUAGUUACAGAUUUACUUAGUAUAUUUUGAUGCAGGUUUACAAAAAAAAACAAAAAAACCCUUAAAAAAAUAGAAUAUCUUUAAAUAACUUAAAAAAAAUAAAAAUAUUUUAAAAAAUUAAGUUAUUUAAAAAUAAAAAAUAUUUUUAAAAAGUGUUUUCCUAAAGUUUUAUAUCUUGACCUCGUGUUCCCUAAGAAGUUUGCAUGGAUACCAAAAACAUAAAACCUGUGUGUAAAUGCAAUUUGAACUGUAAAAAGGAAAAUAAUAUAUUUAUACACAUAGAAAGUAAGAGAUGUGCACAUACAUAUAUUUUUACUUACAAAGUAAGAGAUGGGCUUUGGAGGCAUUAGCGCUACAGGAACAGAUGGUUUGAUUUGGGAAGCAUAGAAUGAGAAGCCAGGACCUGCCUGCCCAGAAGGUACGUGGUGGGGUUAUGGGAGGAUGUGCAGCUCACUGUAUGUGCCAGUGUACGCAGUGGGGGCCGAGCUGCCAGGCAGCCCCUUCACAAGUCUCUGGCAGCUGCUGGUGCAAUGGCCUGAGAUGUCCAGGUCAGGCUCACAGCCCCAGUCCCAUGACAGCAGGAACCUCACCAGCUGCACUGAAAUUUUCUUCCCGAUUCAGGGGAUGCGUCCUGCCUGUGGUCCCCUGUGCGCCACAAGCAAUGGACUGAUGUGGCGAGGUGACGGGUGCCAUCCGACUGCCACCCAGCACCCUGGGGCACCCCUGGGGAGGGGCAGGAGAGCGGCUUGGGGCAGGGGGCUGUGACGCCUUGCACAUGGGGUGCUGGGUGGGCAGUGAGUGGGCUGAGGGUAUCCUACAGGAGCUGGGCAGAGGUAAGCUGUGGGCAGGCAUUGUGGGACAAGGCGUAUUUUUUAAACUAUAUAGAUUUUUCUAAAUGCCUUUCCGUCUUUUGAGACGUGAAGGAUUUGCCUUCUAUGCAGACCAGUGAAGCACUUCUGAACCUGAGAUUCAGGAAAGAGUGAGGAGGGGAUGUGCCAGUCCUUCACCAUAUACAGAUUUGGAAGCACAAGGGGGAGGAGUGAUGAGAGAAGAGGGGAAGGGCUGAAAGCAGCAGAUGUUGGUGCAUCUGUGUAGUCAGACAUGAAAACAAAGCAGCCUGAUCUACGUUCAUAUGAUCUUCCAUAUACUGUCAGGGUUUUGAAAGAAAGAAGUUGUUUUGGGGAGAAGAAAAAACAGGAAAAUAACAGCAUGGGCCCAUGGAAGGUUAAAAGCACCUUGAUAGGUUCUUGACAGGUACAAGGACCUUGUAGGAAGCUGGGAGGUCAAAGAAUACUCCAGGGAGAUCUGACCAUUCCAGGAGUUUUACGGCCUUAUGUUUAUGUGCUGCAUUGUUCGGUAUGUCUAAAGCUAUGCAGGACUCUAACUUGCCAGAUAAAAUGGUUGCACUGUGCCACCUCUUAAGGAAUCGUUUUAGUACAGUAUUAAAGUGGCAAAACUAUUUAGUAGACUCUUCCAAAAUGUUUUGUGCUGCUGUUUUGUUUUUGAACUCCCAACUCUUGGUGGCAGGGAGCACUCAGGAACUCAUCUCUAUGAAGUCUUGCCAUGCGAUCUAGGCCAGGGACCUGGCUCUGAAGCACCAGUGUUUCUGCAGAUCCUGCAGUGGAAGCCACAGACCUUGCAGAUCUCAUAUAUAAGUGGAACCUCUUGUGUUCCAGCUGGUACCCAUUGCUCCUUGUUGUUUAAAUUGCAGAUCUGGAACUAUGGCACUUCAUUAAGCACCUGCAGUUUGCUACUGCCCGAGAUCUAUUUCAACAGGCUGCUUUUCUGCCUUUUCUUUUUAAUUAAGCAGUUGGCAUUUCUAGGGGGCCUCCUGGUUUUGCUUCCUCUACCUCAAACGUGAUUCUUGCUGUUUUCCUCCUCUGCAGAUCUCUCCCUCUGGAGCCCCAUCAGUGCUCCCUGCACAGGCUGCUUUUGCUGGGUCCUUUAGUUUUACUUUCUCUUUGGCUAUGCUUGGGCGCUUGGGAACGUGGGGGGAACCUUCUGCACUUGGGGGGAAAAAAGCUUUUGUGCGCAUGAUAUGAGGCCUCUAGAGCGUGUUUUCAUGCAUUUAGUUGUAGCACUUGCAAAGUCGGUUUGAAACGUAACCCAUGUAACUGGUUUCUUAACUCUGUUGGCCUUGAGUGGUGCUUUCACGCAUACUGCUCCCCACAGUUGGUGAGAAUAAAGCAUUGCCUGCCAGUACCUAUUCUGUCUAGGUGUUUCAU